UGAUAUUUGAUACCAUGUCGGCCACCGUAGAAGAGGCUAAACAUCCAUGAUUACGUUGGGAGUGCCCGGUGGUUUUCUACAUCAUUUGUAGCUAGAAAGAUUGAUAAUCAUCAAUUCCGACGACUUUGAUAGAGGCAUCCUAUCCCAAUAGAGGAAGAUGAGGCUGAAAGAGAUCCAGAGGACAGCUCAUCCAGCAUGGAGUCCUGCCCCCCACCACCCUAUCUGCCUGGCUUUAGGCACGUCAGCUCAGCAGCUGGAUGCGUCGUUCAACACCACUGCCGCCUUGGAAAUAUUCCAGGUGGAUUUUGCCGAUCCUUCCCUGGACAUGAAACUCAAGGGGUCCCUACCUACUUCUAACAGGCUGCAUAGUCUGGUGUGGGUAAACUUUGGAGCAGGAGAAGACGGUUUGGGAGGGAGACUGAUUGGAGGCAGUGAUAAUGGCACGGUAACGGUGUAUAGCCCAGAAGCCAUCGUAACAUCAGGGGAAGAGGCAAUUAUAGGACAGUCUGACAAACACACUGGGCCUGUCAGAGCACUAGACUUCAACCCCUUUCAGAGUAAUCUGUUGGCGUCAGGGGCAAACGAUUCAGAGAUCUACAUCUGGGAUCUGAACAAUUUCAGCAAUCCAAUGACACCCGGGACAAAGUCACAGCCUCCUGAAGAUAUCAGUGUAGUGUCGUGGAACAGACAGGUCCAACACAUCCUGGCCUCUGCAAACCCCAGUGGGAAAGCAGUGGUCUGGGACCUGAGGAAGAACGAGCCCAUCAUCAAGAUUAGUGACCACAGCAACCGGAUGCACUGUUCAGGGAUGCUCUGGCACCCUGAGGUGGCCACACAGUUGGUCCUGGCCUCAGAAGAUGACCGCAUGCCAGUCAUUCAGAUGUGGGACCUGCGCUUUGCCACGUCCCCUCUCAAAGUCCUGGAGAACCACACAAGGGGACUUCUGUCCAUAGCGUGGAGCCAAGCAGACCCAGAGCUGUUGCUCAGUAGUGCUAAAGACAACAGGAUCCUCUGCUGGAACCCAAACACUGGAGAGGUGAUCUAUGAAUUACCAACCACCAACCAGUGGUGCUUUGACAUCCAGUGGUGUCCCAGGAACCCAGCGCUGCUGUCGGCGGCCUCGUUUGACGGGUGGAUCAGUGUUUACAGCGUGAUGGGAGGAAGCCUGGAGGCCCAGCAGCAGAGCAGGGCUGAUCAGAUUGGAAUGCAGUCUUUGUGUGGUACUUUGCCACAGAUCUCCUCGUCCUUUGACACCAUGGAUCCAUUUGGGACAGGCCAGGUGCUGCCCCCUCUGCAAGUUCCCCAAGCCACCCCUCAGACCACCCUGGUCGCUCCGCUGAAGAAGCCCCCCAAGUGGGUUCGUAGGCCCGUAGGAGCCUCAUUCGCUUUUGGUGGGAAGCUGAUCACCUUUGAGAGUCCUAAGGCUCCAGUCCAGAGCCCACAGCCCGUCCCUGUCCCCAGGCAGGUGUUUGUGAGCCAAGUCACCACGGAAACAGAGCUCCUCCAACGUUCCAGGGAGCUGCAGGCUGCUCUGCAAUCUGGAUCCUUGUCAGACUACUGCCAGGCCAAGAUCCACAAGGCCCCCACAGACUCUGAACAGGACAUAUGGAAAUUUCUCCUGGUCAACUUUGAAGAUGAAGCCCGGGUCAAAUUCCUGAGACUUUUGGGUUUCAGCAAAGUGGAUUUAGAGAGAAAGAUAUCCACCUGCUUGGGGAAGAACCUGCAGCCUAACGGACAUGGAGUGGAUGCCAACGAUCUGGCUGAGAAGAUACAGCUCCUCUCUACUCAGAGGUCAGAAGAAUCUGGGGAUGCGGUCGACUCCACCAAGACUCCGGGUUCAUCCUCCCCAUCUGACUUUUUCAGUCAGAUCCCACCACAACCACAGGACAAGGAGAAGAUCAGCUUCCAAAUCCCUGUCUCAGCAGAUGCAGAUGGUCUGAUCAGCCAGGCUCUGCUGGUGGGAAACUUUGAGGGAGCGGUGGAUCUGUGUCUGAGCGACGGGCGAUACGCUGAGGCCAUCCUGCUGGCUAUCAGUGGAGGACAGGAGCUACUGCAGAAGACCCAGCAGACAUACCUGGACAAGCAGAGGAACAGCAUCUCUAUGCUGAUCUCAUCCGUGGUGACCCAGAACUGGGGAGACAUGGUGCAGAGCUGUGACUUGGAUAACUGGAAGGAGGCCCUCGCUGCUCUUCUGACCUACGCUCAUCCCAAACAGUUUGCUCAUCUGUGUGAGACCCUGGGGUCGCGUCUGGAGGGGGAGAGGACAGAGAAACGCUGUCUGCAGGCAUGUCUCUGUUACAUUUGCUCUGGGAACAUUGAAAAACUAGUGGAAUGCUGGGCCCUGCAGAGGGACUGCUCAUCUCCCCUGGUUUUAGAGGACUUGGUAGAGAAGAUGAUGGUUCUGCGUAAGUCUGUGGAGCGUCUGAGGAACAGCGAGGUGGUUGUACAGAGUCCUAUCCUGGCUGACAAGCUGACUCACUAUGCUGGUCUCCUAGCUUCACAAGGCAGCCUGGCUACAGCCCUGUCCUACCUGCCAGACUCCUCAGACCAGGCUUGCAUCAUGAUGAUGAGAGACCGGCUGUUCCACGCCCAGGGAGGGGGAGGAGCAGCGGGGGGUCAACAGCCCCCACCGUUCCCUUACAACGUAGUCAGGGUGACGGGGGGCGACCCUGACCCCGCUCAGGCCCCUGCUGUCCCCGCCCAAGCACAACCACCAGCACAGACAACACAGACACCGGGGCCCUACCAGCCUCCACUUCCUGUGAUGCCAGUGGCUGGCCAGCCUCCUAUGACUACAGUCUUCACUCCUCAAGCUUUUACUAACUCCAGAGGGCCACCUCCUCCUUCGUAUGGUGGUCUGCCACCCUCCUCCCAUGCUCCUCCACCUAGUGGGCUGCCACGUACAGGACUACGACCAGCCUACCCUCAACAUCCUGCCACUACCCCAGGGUUCUCUCCACUCCAGCCAUUCCAGCCACAACAGCAGCCCAUGUCUGCAGGACUAGGUGGCCCCGGCCUCUCUGCCUUCCCUCCAGGACCUACUAUGCCAGGCUCCAACCUGUCUGGACCUCCCCUGCCUCCCUUCUCUGCCCCUGGCAGCCUCCCCACCAUGCCCAGCCCAGGGCUACCUCCGUCAGGCUUCACCCCCACCUCGCUCCCUUCAGGCCCCAUGCCACCCAGCUACCAGCAGCCUGGGGCCCCCGUCGGCAUGUACCCACCAGGGGGGUCUCACCUUCACAGCCAGGGCCCUCCUGCAGGUCCCCCCUCUGGUCCGUACCCUCCCCUGGGACCUGGGUACCCACAAGGAGGUCCUGGAGCCCCGGCCGUCAAGUCCUUCUCUGCUCCGUCGGUUGCUCCUCCUCCUACAGGACAAGAUGGCUGGAAUGACCCACCAGCAGUACGAGGGGGUUCUAGGAAGAAAAAGGUUAUCCCAGACAACUACACCCCUCCUGCUCCCAUCACCGCCCCUGUUAUGGGGGGUUACCCCAUGGAGGGCCAUCAUCAGCCCCAAGGACAGCAGGGCCACGACCCCAGUCGCACCCAGCAGGGCCACGACCCCAGCCGCACGCAGCAGUUCCCCCCUGGGGCCCCUCAGGAGCCCAGCGUACAGCUCCUCCAGGCGCUGCCGGCUGAGAGGGUGGAGCAGAGAGAGAUCCCUGCGGAGCACAUGGUCCUCAAGCAGACCUUCGACAGCCUGGUUCAACGCUGCCAGCUAGCCGCACAAGACCCACAAACAAAAAGAAAACUUGACGAUGCAUCGAAACGCCUUGGUUACCUGUAUGACAAGCUGAGAGAGCAAACGCUGUCUAACAACAUCCUGGGGGGUUUACAUGAGAUAAGCCGCUGUGUGGCGGGCAAGAACUACCAGCGUGGCCUAGAGGUCCACACUGCUGUGGUCACCAGCAGCAACUUCAGCGAGAUCCAAGCCUUCAUGCCCAUCCUCAAAGUGGUCAUGACCAUCGCCAACAAGCUGGGCGUCUGACCCCUGAUCCCACACCAAGGCAGGCUUCUAGAAUAAACCUUAUUUCCUAUAAUGCUCUACUUUUGAACAGAUCCUAUGGGCUCUUUACAGGCCCUGUGGGAUCUGAGGGCACCGAGGGCCCUAUGAUCUAUGAAGGGCCCUCGAGGGCUCUGAGGGGACCUCGAGGGCUCUAUGAGGGCCCCGAGGGCUCUUGUCAAAAGUAGUGCCCUAUAUAGGGAGUAGAGUGCCAUUUGGAACACUCCAAAACACACCAAGAUAAAACAGCCUUCAGUGUUAUCAUAUGGAUGGAUCACAAUGUUAUAGAUUAGAUAUUUAUUUCUUUUUCAGCUGUUGAAAUGUGCUUUGAUAAAAAAACAUGAUUGCAGAUGUGUGGUUUUCGCUUGACUAAAGCCGACUCGUUGAAAGGUUUCUGACUUGGCUGAUGAUGAGAGGUGUUCUUCUCUCUGAGAAGAUGAGUUACUGUGGUGGUUAUCAACAGCAAAACACCCAAUAUUAUUAAACAAGUUGAGUCCUUUAGCUUUUUGAUGGGAAGAUACCUGAUGUUAAAUAUAUAUAUAUGGGGGUGGGGGUUACUGAUGUGGGAUGAUGUAGAUGGCUGAGGAUUUAAAUGUCAUAUGUUUGAGAGUGGAGAAAGAUACGCAAUGUCUCUGAACAAUGUGGACUUGGAUUCUUUGGCUGUCAGUAGUUAUAAACAUGGUAACACAUCCCACUAAGGGAAGACUUGGGAGAGCGAGGUUGUGUUGUCCACCUUCAUACCUCAUCUUUCCUUAACAAACCACACAACGUCCAGCUGCUUUUAGAAUAGUUAAGAAGAGUGAAUGAGUUAUAUACACUCUUGUAAUACAUACUGUACCACAGUGCUGAUAUUGGUACUUGUUCACUGACAGACUAGUGUGUUCUACAGACCGGUGUGUUCUACAGACCGGUGUGUUCUACAGACCGGUGUGUUCUACAGGCCGGUGUGUUCUACAGGCCGGUGUGUUCUACAGGCCGGUGUGUUCUACAGGCCGGUGUGUUCUACAGGCCGGUGUGUUCUACAGGCCGGUGUGUUCUACAGGCCCGUGUGUUCUACAGACCCGUGUGUUCUACAGGCCCGUGUGUUCUACAGACCCGUGUGUUCUACAGACCCGUGUGUUCUACAGACCCGUGUGUUCUACAGACCCGUGUGUUCUACAGACCCGUGUGUUCUACAGGCCGGUGUGUUCUACAGGCCGGUGUGUUCUACAGGCCGGUGUGUUCUACAGACCCGUGUGUUCUACAGACCCGUGUGUUCUACAGACCCGUGUGUUCUACAGACCCGUGUGUUCUACAGACCCGUGUGUUCUACAGGCCGGUGUGCCAUCUCUUAGUUUGUUACGUUUUCAGACCAAAGCACUGCAACAACUAGCUCUGAUCCAGGGUGUUACGUGCAGCUUGUUGACUCAGAGCUGUGUCAGCACCUGCACAUUACGCCCUGGUCCAGAGCUAUGCAACAACAGAAUGUCAUUUGAUGAUUCUUGUGGCGUUGCUGGAUUUUUAUAGUCAGUCCUCGUUAGUCACUAUAGAGCGGCCCGCUGCUGUCAGCUAGCUUGUGUGAUUGAGAUACUGUAUGAGAACUGUGUGUGUCCUGGUUGUUGGCUUUGCCCCCUGUUUAUAGUGUGCUGGCGUCUGUUGUGUAUAAACUGUAAUAACCACACCACUAAACAGCUUUGGUGUGGUUACACUUGACAUUUCAUGCUGAUUGAAGAACGUGGCAGUUAUCGACUGAAAUAUGAUUUAUGGCAAAGAAACCCAUGAUUAAAUCUCUUGAAAUAUUUUUGUGAAUUGGAAGUGGUGCGUAAGCUACACUCCCCCUAUUUUUUGUUGUUGACGAUUUCCCUGUUUAAUAAAGAAUUAGUAUUUCCCCGUUUUUAAUAAUGAA